AGUCUGAUGUCCAACGACAGGUUGUCGUCCACCGACAGAAGGUGUUAAAGAAAAAGUCAGAUGAUCAGCUCGACGCAGGACAGGCAAAGGAAUUUAUGAAGGCUGCCAGGAAAAAAAUUCCUAAACUGUUAAGAUCUUUGUCCCGCAAACCCUCUGCCACUGAUCAUGCCCUGCUAACUGGCUACAUCCUGUGCUACCUGGCGAUACUAACAGGGCACAGGUCAGUGGUGUUCAUCAACAUGACAAAGGAAAACGUCUCCAACUCCGAGAGCUGGGACCAUGGAACAAAGUUUCAAGUUCUGGUGGAUGAACACAAAACAGUGAAAACUUUUGGCCAAGCGGCACUGAGCCUCGAUGAGGAGGAGUUUCAGUGGCUCCAGGACCUGGCUAAAAGGAAAUGCUGCGGAGAAUAUCAGCUCAACCCUCUUGUGUUCCAUGGAGAACAGGGGAAACCCCUGAGAAAUGCAUGUUCAUUCCUCCAAUCAGCUUGGAGUGAUGCUGGCAUGGCGGGGAACAUCACCUUCACUAAGAUCAGGAGCAGCGUAUCAACUCAGGCCAACCGAUACCUUUCAGAGAAAGAAAGGAGGCAGCUGGCCAAAUCUAUGUGCCACGAUCCGAACACGGCAGAUAGGUUUUAUGUCGCUCUUCCUGACAAGGAGACAGGUCACCAGACCAGGAAGCUGAGACUUAAGGCCUUGGAGAAGGCUUCUUCACACCCCCCUCAGUAUGAUACUGAGACACCGUCCACCAGCUCUGAUGAAGAGGAACCCCCGUAUGAUGAUGAGGUUUCAAGCCCCUCCUUGGUGUCCUCUUCAGAGGAGUUGGAUGACAAAAAUUCAGACUGGGUCAGCCACAGAAGGAAACUGUCCUUCUCACCGAAGAAGGAAUGUGAACCAUGCGUAGUGACGCUUGACAGAUUAAGACCCAAAAUUGCAGAGUAUUAUCUGUACAAGCAAAGAUCUGGUACAAAGCAAGCUUUAUCCGUCCAGCCUGAAGCACCCAGGGCCGAAGAGGGGCAGGAGACCCCUGCAGAGCAGGCUCAAGAAAACAUGCCUGAACCCACGCUUGCCACUGUGCUCACACCUGACCUCAUUCUCGACACUCCAGACAUGAGGCAGGACAUAACAGAAUUUGUUCCCGACACCCUGCUAGAGGAGAUGGCUGACAUCCCAGUGGAGGACAAACUGAGCUUAGUCCUGACCCCAUAACUGUGUUUGAAGUCAGAAUUCUGAGAUCAA